GCUUUUUCAAUACGCCCAGCAAGAGGCAUUGUUGAUGCCUAUGAAGAUCUAGAAUGUGAAGUUGUAUGGCAUCCAGGUUUCAGCUCUCCUGAGAUAGGAGAAUUCAAUCUCUGUGUACAGCAGAGAAAUUCAGCAAAACUAAGAUGCAUUACAGAGCUUGGAUCCACGAGUGUCCAGUUUACUGAACAGAGAGUGCUCUUUCAUCAUGCCCCACUUGGUCUGACAACUUACAAAACAGCCAUUAUUCAGAAUACAGGAAUGAAUCAUGCAUAUUUCCAGGUAGUAGAUAUAAGUCCACUGCCUGGUAUGAUGAUUACACCAUCACAGGGUGUGGUGCCAGUGGGAGGUUAUGCGACUCUUAAAAUCUUCUUCACGCCAAGAGCAGUUAUGAAGUUUGACACUAGAGUUGAGGUGUCAGUGCGGAAUACAAAGAAU